GCACUUACGAAUGCCUUGCCUUCCUCCCCUUUGUUCUUCACGCUGCGACCCAUAGUCUGUUCAUACCGGGUCGCUUUAUAUUGUACAGUUGUCCCUUGAAAGCAUUGGAAGAAUAGAGAGAGCAGCAGAGAAGAAGAUUGAAAAAUGCCCGGGUUACGCCAGACCCACGCGCUGCACACGACAGGUGCAGCAUUGUCGCCGACGGAGCGAGAAAGAUUGAUCGAGCCGUACCUGCCACGCGAGUCGCCCUCAUCCCCGCGGAAGACCUCACAUAACGAUGGCCCGCGAUUCCACCACCGACAACGCGUGCGUCCGGCAAUGCGUCAACUCGUGCAUCUCUUCCUGUUCAAUGUCGUGCAUGCCAUCUUCAGCAUUUACGUCCGGACUCGACAGAUCUACCACGCGUUGUAUGACCGCAUCUGCGCCGUGCUUUACUACCACCACCGCACGCCCGAGCUGAUCAGGAGGGAUGUCAAGCCGCUGGAUAGAGUGCCCAAGCACUUGAGUGUCAUUUUGGAUCUGCCGCCUGAGGGUGGGAAGAAAGAUGCGUUGGAGACACUUUUGAAUGAUGCCUGCGAGCUUGUGGCAUGGAGUGCAAGCGCAGGAAUUCCUAUGCUCUCCAUGUAUGAGCAGACAGGCAUCCUCAAAUCCUCGCUCCCACACCUCCACCGCCGCAUCAACCGAACUCUCACAUCCUACUACGGAGCAACCUCUCCUCAGAAGCCCUCCAUUUCCCUCCGUUCUCCGAACCUUCCCUCAUACAGCCCGCCUCAAUUCGCAGACCUUCCCAACGGCACGAACCACAAUCAUUCCGACACGUCAGCACCUCACAUCAACGUCCUGCUCUUGGACUCCACAGAUGGCCGACAAACAAUAGUAGACCUCACCAAAACACUCGCCGAAAUGUCACAAAACGGCAAGCUAUCACCCGCAGACAUCAGUCAAGAUUUGAUCGACGCCGAGAUCACAGAAAGCGUCAUGGGCGAGCCAGAUCUUCUGAUCGUUUUUGGCGAAAGGGUCGUUUUGGAAGGAUAUCCACCUUGGCAAAUACGUCUCACAGAAAUCUUUUAUGCUCAAGACAAUGUUGCAGGUGUAGGGUACCAGAUUUUCCUGCGAGCGUUGUAUCGAUAUGCCAAGGCUGAGUUUAGGUUUGGGCGAUAAGAUGACAGAAGUGAGGGAGUAGAAUCGUGUAAAGGGGACGUUUCGAUUUAUUGGGGGUAUUGUGCUAAACAAGGUGCCUUCCUUCCUUCUUGGCUCCUAUUUCUUCUUCUCGUCCAUUUUCCGUGCUAUUCCAGUCAUGCCGCCAUUCAUGCAAUGCGUAUUGAU